GCUGUCAAGUGUCGCAAAGUGGCAAAACGAAACGAAAAGUCCCUUGCUCUUUCUCCGCUUUGAUGGUGGCACUCUGGAAGCUUCGAAGUUGAAAAAUCGUGAAAAUUACCCAAUUAGGACGUUUUACGCCGUCGCAGGUAAUUUCCCGGACCGUCCCGAUGUGGCGCGCGUGGUGACGCAGAAAACCCGGCCGUUGUUCCGUUGAAUUGUCAGGAUUUUUGCAUUAUCAACACAAGAGGAGCCAAAAGGGAGGGGAAGAGAGAGUCGAGUUUUGUGCGAAGUGAAAAUCGAUUUUUGUGGGUGAGUUUCGGGAGGAAGCAUUCGGGCCAUCGGGACUCGAGGAUGGCCACUAAAGCCACGGCGACCGGAGCGGUUCCGGGUGCUCGCGGCGUAGCCAGGGUCCUAGCCAAGCUGGAAUCGUCGAUCGAGGCCGGGAACUAUUACGAGGCCCACCAAAUGUACCGGACGUUGUAUUUUCGGUAUCUGUCCCAGCAGAAGUACGAGGAAUUGUUGGACCUGCUCUACCAGGGGGCACUGACCCUGCUGAGCCACGAACAGAACACAAGCGGCGCCGAUUUGGGGCUGCUUCUGGUGGACACCCUCGAGAAGAGCAAAACCGUGGCGGAAGGCGCCGAAAAGUGGAUGCAGAAGAUUGCGCUGCUGUUGAGCAAAAUCCCGCAGAAUGUCGUCGAGAGGGAAACGCUACUGGUCAAAGCUGUCAAAUGGAGCGCCAGCGUGUCAAAGUCCCAGGUUGGCCACCCGCUGAUGCACAAGCUGAUAGCGCAAAUUAUGUGGAACGAAGACAACCUGGCCCAAGCGCGGCACCACUUCCUGCUCUCGAAGGACGGAAGCGGUUGCGGCCACAUGUUGAUUCAGCUCAGUCAAACCAAGGGUUUCCCGUCCGAGAUGGAUCUCUUCAUAGCGCAGGUCAUUCUGCAGCAACUUUGCCUGAAGGAAACUUCCACGGCGGCGGAAACCUUUGCCACCUAUACCAAGUAUCAUCCGAAGAUUGCCUGCAGUGAACCUCCGUUCAUAACGCCGCUUCUGAACUUUAUAUUCUUCCUGCUGCGGGCCAUCGAAGCGAACCAGCGAAAGCUGAUCGUGUUCCGGACGCUGUGCGAGCUCUACAAACCCUCCCUGGAGCGGGAUCCGUCCUACGAGAAGUAUCUGCAAAAGAUCGGAAUGAUAUUCUUCGAGGCCAGCCAACCGCAGCGGCCGCAGAGCGAAGGGAUGGGUGGUAUAUUCGGAAAUUUGCUGAAUCAACUCUUCCAGGGACUGGACGACGAUUUGGACGACGAGCCGGCCGGAGGAAGUCACCCCAGGAUGGGUUCGACGGGGCCGACCGGAUCGACGCCAACGGUCAAAGAAGAACUGGAUUAAGUUUGCGGAGGGUUUUACGUUUUUUCAGUUGAAACGGUGUAGCUUAUUAUUAAUAUGAUACUGUGUUUGGGGUUCGAGGAGCGUGAGACACACAUUGCGGGAACGAAAAGGAACGGAGUUUGAAAGCGUACGUACCUAAGGGGUAGAAAUAGAACCGCUGCUGCUGGUGAGACCGAAGUCACACAAAAACCGCAAAUUUUAACAGCAUCGUUUCUAUGCUAUAAUAGUAACUAACACUCUAAGCUAUUGUUUAAACCUUGUAAACACGCAAUCGAAUAAUAAACAGGACACAAGAAUGGAAGCCA